UUGGUCGGCAGUAGUGAACGUUCAAUAAAAAAAAUAAAAAUAAAUAUGGCGAAAACUCGGCUUUCGAUGUUGAUUUUGACAACUUGUUUGUUUUUGUGAAACUAAUGCAAAAUAAACACAAGUAUCUAUCAUAUUUAAUUGACAAAAAAGCCUUUAGUUUCAUAAUGUAAAAAUCAUAAUUUAAAAUUAAAUAAUCUAAUAGCAAUAAACUGUGUACAAAAAUACAGAAAUGCUGUGCAAUUUAUGAUGUUAAAAUCAUUAUUUUUGUAAUUAUCUUGAGUGGAUAAUACUCUGAAAAUGCGUUGCUGUGUUCCUAGUUGUACCAACAACUCGAAAGAGGCUGUAAAAUGCAACGGAAUCACGUUCCAUUUAUUCCCAAAAGAGCCGGAUACUCGGACAGCUUGGCUGUCAGCUCUCGGACUAACAGACUGGGAGCCAACGGACCGUAGUGCAAUAUGUUCUGAUCAUUUUCAUAACGAUGAUUUCUUUCUGACUAAAUGUGGGAAACAACAGGUCAAGACUGCGGCUGUUCCAUUUAUUUCUCAGUUAAGUGAAGAAGAUUUGUUAGAACCUGCUGCAAUGAAGGUGUGCAGAAUAUGUCUGUCAUUGGAUUCCAAGCUAUAUGACUUGAGAGACUAUAAGCUGGACAAUAUGCUGGAACAAGUCACAGGCCAAAUGAUACCCGAGCGAGACAAGUUGCCACAGAAACUGUGCUGGGAGUGCGCGCACCGGACGGCCGUGUGCGCGCGGUUCAAAGCCAAGGUGCUGAGGAGUCAACAGCUCAUGAUGACCAUACUGGACAGCUCACCAUAUAUAACAAUAGGCGAUAUCAAGUCCAUAAACCGCACAGAGAACCAGCUAUAUUCGACCCUAAUACAAACGGUAUACGAUCCAGAUUCGUCUGACUUGGUGAUCGAUUACGAGCUGGAAGUGAAACCUGAGGAAAAGAGAGAAGAGAUCAAACUUGAAACAGAUGAGAUGCUCAUAGACGAGACAGUGGUCAAGAACGAACAGCUAGAUUCAAACGAGAUAUUCUUCCAAGACUUUAUGGACGGCUUCGAUGACAGCGACGAUGAUAAAACACUGAGCGAAGUCGCCAAGCCUAAAGUGAAGAAAGUGAAGAAGAAACGCGAGAAGUACAAGGUUAAAGUGGAGAAAAAGAAGAAAUGCGAGGAAAACGACAGCCCUAGCUCUACUAUGGAUAAGUACAAAACAUCUGAUGUCAGACGUAGAAAAACGCAAGAGGCAUUAGACGAGAAUCUAUUCAACAUAACGACGCUAAGUUACGAGCAGCAGAUAGCGGAGAUCGCUUCCCGCCAGCAAUCUGAUGCGUACAAAAAUGCCGUUUACAAAUGUACCGUGUGCUAUAGAGGUUUCCACAUCAAGGAGCGAUUGGACGCGCACGCUGUGAGACAUACUGAUCAAAGCGGCGUUUUCGAAUGUUUUAUCUGUAAAACUCGCCUGAAAACAGGGCGCGCUCUCCGCAAACACAUCACCGCGCAACACACUGAACAGUUCAGCUGCAAAGGCUGUCCUUUUGUCACGAGAAACAGGGGCGUGGCAAGGGAACACGAGAAAUGGCAUUCCGGAACUAAAUAUCAAUGCCCACAUUGUCCUAGCGAAUUUGACAAACUGACGACGUAUAUGGGCCAUAUAAGAAUAAAACACGUGUCGGACUUCGUGUGCGAACUGUGCGGGUACACGUUCGUGAGCAAAAAGGGAAUAGACGUACACAAGAAGAAGAAACACCGGCUGGCCGAGAAGACUAUGCCGAUAGAUGGCCCAUAUUGUUCUGUGUGCGACGUGCGCUUCGUGUCUGAAGACGCGCACGAUCGUCACCUCAAGUUGUCCUCGAAACACAGCACCGAUAAUGAUCCCAACAAAAUAAGGAACGAUUCACAAAGUAUGCACACGGAGAAGAACGGGCGAGUGAUGAGGAAGAUUGAGAGGCGGCCCGUGAUCCACCCUCGCGACGACAGCGGCCAGGAGACGAGGCAGCAGCCGGGGCCCGUGGCUUGCGAACAGUGCGGCGUCCAGCUGCGGGACCUGCGGCUGUACGCGCAGCACUUCAGACGAGCGCAUCCGGACAAGAACAGGACUAAAUACCCCGCUAUGAAGACGCCCUGCAUGUGUGAGCAGUGCGGAAGAUUAUUCCAGAGUAUGGCGCUCCUGAAGGACCACAUGUGGGUGCACACGGGCGAGAAGCGCUUCAAGUGCGAGCGCUGCGACAAGAGCUUCACGCAGAAGACCAACCUGGUCUUCCACAUGAGGGUGCACAGCGCGACGCGGCCCACGUACGAGUGUCCGCUGUGCGGGAAACACUUCGCGUUCUUCAACAACAGGAGGCGCCAUAUGUUUAUCCACACCGGGCUGAAGCCGUUCAAGUGCGAGUCGUGCGGCAAGUGCUUCACGACGGCGGGCGAGCAGCGCGCGCACGCGGACCACGUGCACCUCAAGAAGCCCUGGCCGCGUCGUGCGCGCGCGCGCGCUCGCGACGACUGGCAGAAGUGCGCCGUCACUAUGGAGGACUGAGUCCUCCCGACGUGAAAAAAGAAAAAACUUUUCUUUAGCACAAUAAAAAAAAAACAUGACAUAUAUAUAUAUAAUAGUAGAUAUACGGUGACGACACAGUUGCAUAUGCAACAACUUUAGUGCAUUAGUGCAUUAGUGCGAUAACAGUGAAAAAGUGAGUUGUGGCGAGAUUUUCGUGCGCGAUAUAUUAGUGCGAUAACAGUGGAAAAUUUUAGUGCGAUACCUAACUGUGGAGAGGUGAGUUGUGGCGACGUUUACGUAUGACAAUAUUAGUGCGAUAACCGGGGAAGAUGUUGUGACGACAGUUGCAUAUACGACAAUAUUAAAAAAGAAAGAAAAAACUUUAUUCGGAAAAAAUUACAUAGUUAGGCAUACAGUUCGCUUAUAAUACUAAUAACAUCGUGCCGAAAUUGAUCCUAGUUCAGAUAAAUGUUAUUUUAUUAGUGCGAUAACCGUGGAAAAUUGAGUUGUGGCGACGUAGACGACUACGGCGCUCUGAAGUCGAUUAAUCGGUAUUUUCUACAAGUAUUUCUUAAAUUUGUAGAAAUUUUAAAUUAAGAAAAUGCUAGUGAAUUUCAUUAGUUAUAUAUAUUAUUACUCUGUCCAAGGAAACCAAGGUUUUAAAUCAAAAUCAUAGACAGUCUUAAAAGUCAUGUAAGAUGCCUUUAGGCGACUUGAAUAAAAUCCGACACUAGUGGUAAAUCUACUUGACCAAUAACUACUAUUAACUUGAAACAAAUUUGGCGGCUGAAACACGCUUGACCAAAUGAAUGUCAUUAAUAUGUUUUAUUAUUUUAUUGAAAUUAUGUAAAAUAAAUCCUUGGACAGUAAAUUAAUUAUCAAGCGUCAUUUUUACGUCGAUUCAGAAUUCCAUAUUAUAGUAUAUAUAUAGUACUCAAAAUUGUCGAACGAAUAUUUUUUUGCAUUAAUUCUGCAAUUUUACAAUACAAUACACAAUACUCUUUAUUGCACCAAAAGCGAAAUUAACAAAAAAAGAACCAUAGAAAAAUCAAAUAAAAGUCACAAAGGCGGACUUAUCGCUAAAGCGAUCUCUUCCAUUCAACCUUGGGGUGAGAGGAAACGAUAAUGGAGAGAGGCGUUGGCGCAGUAAAUAAAAUAAACUAACACAUAAUAUACACACAUACAUAUACAUAUAAUAUAUAAAUAUUGAUAUAAAUUUGUAAAAAAAAUACCUAAACAUACAAAUAAAUAAGAAAAAUAAACAAGUUAGGAGAUAGUGGAAAGAUAAUAUGACUUGGCAAGUAGUUUAAAUUUGGUCAGAGUACGUGCAUUACGGAUAUCAAGGGGUAGAGCAUUCCAAAGUCGAACAGCUUGAACAGAGAAAGAUUUAGAGAAAAAUUUAGAAUUGUGGAUGGGAAAUCUAAGUCCCAUUGAAACCGUGCUACGCAGACUACGAGAAGAGCUAUUAUCAUUACUUAGGCACAAUUUUAUGCUUUAUAUGUACAAGGAUAAGAUCAAAACUCGACAAUGCGGAAUUGUUAUUCAAAGCAAAUGAUACGCCCUUGUGAAAGACCCCUUAGAAUCUCAAAUAAGUCUCACAAGAUAUUGAUCUCAGAUAUUAAAAUAUAUUUAUACUUACGUGAAAUCAGUAAUUUGUAAGUUUUUUGUAUUACAAAUUCAUAUGACAAUUCGACAAUGCAUUUUUUAAUCUUGACGCAAAAUGUAAAAUGUGCAUUUCCCAAAAUGAACACUUGAUGCAGAAUGCACAUCGCGGACGGAACGGGCAAAAGAACGCAUUGGUUUUUACUACUAUAAUGCAAUAUGAUACACACGGAAUACGUUAUCCCAGCUCCGCACUGUCGCCCAACUCAGACACGACGCCUAUGUGAAUGAGUGCUUUUAUUAACCGCAAUGAAACACCAGCAAUGUAAAGUUUGGCAAACUGUUCGACGACAGUGUUGAGCCUGCAUAAAAAAAAUAUCAAAAUCAUUUAUUUUUAUGGAGAUGAGUGUAUCAUUUUAGAUGUGCACGUUUUGCGAAAUGCCCAUUCUGCGACGAAUGUUAAUUAUACGCGAGACUCGCAUUUUUAUAAGAUUGUGAUUUAAAAUUUUUUUUUAGUAUGUGUGUGUACGUAGAAUAUACUGAAGUAGUUAUAUUGUGUAUGAUAUCAACAAUAUCAAGUGUGAAGUAGAAUUAUUAUGAUAUUUAUUUUGUAAUAAAGAUGCAUUUUGCAGAAAUAAUCACGUUCACAUUACGUCCAGUAAUACUCAGUUUAUUCCCAAACAGGCCGGCCCAUCGAUUAGUUGGGUUUGUGUUUGGACUUGGGAUUAAAUUGGAUAAUAAACACGUCAUAUUCUACGUUGCCCGGGGCCCCGCUCCCGUGGGAAUUUUGAGAUAAAAUAUAGCCUAUAGCAAUCUUGGAUAAUGUACCUUUUCAAUGGCGAAAGAAUUUUUGAAAUCGAUGCGGUAGUUUCUGAGAUUAUCCGCCUCAAGCGCUUACCUCUUUAUAAUGAUAGUAUAGAUAAAAGAAGCCACAUAUUUUUAAUAAAAUCCCAAAUUAAAAUAAUUCAUUCCGGACAAUAUAUUGCCUGAAUAUAUUUUAUUUAAUUUGUAUAUUUAAUACUGGAUAAGAUUGUAACUAUGCUGUUUCGUUUUUAGCAAAUUUUAAUUGUUUACAAAUAAUACAAAACUAAACGAGUCUCUCAUCUGAAAAUAUUCCUUGUUUCUUUCCCAACAGUAAUGCGUUGAAGCCCAAGAUCUGCUGUCCUACUUUUUCCUCUACUUUUUUAAAUUAUUUGCGUUAUAUACCUAUAUAAAGUUGCGAUUCAAUGCAUACAAUAAAAUAAAUAUAUAAUAGAAAAAUAUACGUUUAAAUUUUAUUAUAUUUUGUGAGGAUGUAUGUUUGUUUAUCACGAAAAUCGACUGGACGGAUUGUUAUGAAAUUUAGUACAAGAGUACAAUAUAACCUGGAAUAACACAGGGUACUUCCGAAAUUCCCACAGGGAGCGAAGCCCCUGGGCGCAGCUAGUCUACCAUACGUAUUUCUAAGUUUUACUUCUGUAAUAACUUCAUUUUAUGCCUUUCCAAAACUGAUCUCCGUUAUACAAUAAUGUAAACUCAGCUUUUAUAUUUUAAACAAAAAUGUACAUAAUAUAAUUAUAUUUAUUGUGUAUGCGCCUUAGAAGUAUUAUUUACAAAAUAAAGUGAUUCAGUCUUA